AUGGCUUCUAAGCGCAAAGCCGACGAUUUUAUUUAUACCCUGUCCGACAACGAUGAGCUCCCUAAUGAGGAAGAAGCGAUACCCGAGCCAAUCCCACCAAAGAAGAAGGCUAAGAAGAGCAAGAAAUCUGCCCGCCUAGAUGAGGAGGAAGAGAAUGGCAUCUGGGGAAAGAAAGACGAAGACGAUGGAGCUAUGGACUCUGAUUUCGAAUUCGCCGAAGAUGUUACUACCGAUUUCAGAACGGAAGACUUCGAGGGUUGGGGGUUCGACGGCGCAAAAAAGGGCAUGAACGGGAAUGCUCAGAAAAGAAUCGUGGACGUGGAUGAAAUCGUGCGAAGGAGGAGAGGCGAUAUAGGAGAGGAUGCGCAAGUAAACGGCAAGGGACAAAAGGUCACUAGUGACGCUAGUGAUAACGAUGAAGAUGAGGAUAUCGAGCUCGAUGACGAAGACGACGAGGUUCUAGCUGCAGAUGGGUUUGGCAUGGGCGCCGCUUCGGAUGAAGAGUCGGGCGAAGAUGCGGCAGAGGAUGAGUCGGAUCAGGAUCAAGACGACGAGGGCGAUGCUUCCGACAACGAUUCCGUCGCGACGCCGGUCGGUCACCCCGAUGAUGAUGCCCAAUCGGAUGAUACAGACGAGGAGGAAGAUGCCGAAGAAGCCGCAAAGAGAGCGGCUUUCUUUGCGCCCGAAGAGAAAAAGCCGGCGGGAAAACAGAAGGGGAAGUCGUCUUUCCAGACCAUGUCCCUUUCGCGACCCAUUCUGCGCGGCCUCAAUUCCGUCGGUUUCAACGAACCCACCCCAAUUCAAGCAAAAACAAUCCCACUCGCAUUAGAAGGAAAAGACUUAGUUGGUGGCGCUGUCACAGGUUCCGGAAAAACAGCCGCGUUCGUCGUCCCCAUCCUAGAGCGACUACUAUACCGGCCGAAUAAGAUCGCUACGAGUCGCGUUGUUAUCCUGACGCCUACUCGAGAACUUGCUAUACAAUGUCACGCAGUCGCUACCAAGCUCGCGAGCCACACGGAUAUCAAGUUCUGUUUAGCGGUAGGUGGGCUGAGCUUGAAAGUCCAGGAAGCAGAAUUACGUCUAAGGCCCGAUGUUAUUAUCGCGACACCGGGUCGAUUCAUUGAUCACAUGCGCAAUUCAGCGAGCUUCUCGACGGAUACGGUAGAGAUUCUGGUCCUUGAUGAAGCCGACCGAAUGCUAGAAGAUGGGUUUGCCGACGAGUUGAAUGAAAUUCUUACUACCUUGCCCAAGUCGCGGCAGACGAUGCUCUUCUCAGCUACCAUGACUUCAUCCGUCGACCGGCUCAUCCGCGCAGGUCUAAAUAGGCCAGUGCGAGUGAUGGUCGACGCUCAGAGGAAGACGAAUGACAAGCUAGAGCAAAAGUUCGUCAGGUUAAGGCCAGGCCGAGAGGAAAAAAGGAUGGGCUACCUCAUCCAUAUUUGCAAAACGAUGCAUACUGAGCGAGUCAUCAUAUUCUUUAGACAGAAGAAAGAAGCGCAUCGUGCUCGGAUUAUUUUCGCCUUAUUCAACCUACCUUGUGCUGAAUUACACGGGAGCAUGAACCAAGCACAGCGUAUAUCUAGCGUCGAGUCUUUCCGUGAUGGCAAGGUCUCAUUUUUACUUGCUACCGACUUGGCCUCUCGAGGUCUUGAUAUCAAGGGGGUAGAUACUGUUAUCAACUACGAGGGCCCCCAAACCCAUGAGAUCUACGUUCAUCGUGUGGGACGUACUGCUCGGGCCGGGCGGUCAGGUGUUGCUAUCACCCUCGCCGCGGAACCUGAUCGUAAGGUGGUCAAAGCAGCAGUUAAAGCAGGAAAGGCACAGGGAGCUAAGAUUAGCAGUUUGAUUAUUGAUCCGGCUGAUGCUGAUAAGUGGCAAGCCAAGAUCGAUGAGAUGGCAGAUGAGAUAGAGGCCAUUGCUAAGGAAGAAAAAGAAGAGAAGCAACUGGCGCAGGUAGAGAUGGAGAUUAAGAAGGGUGAGAAUAUGGUUAUUCACGAAGACGAGAUCAAGUCAAGGCCGAAGCGGACGUGGUUUGAAACACAACAUGAUAAGAAGAAGGCUAAGGAGGCUGGUAGGACGGAGCUGAAUGGGCUAAAGGAGUCGUUGAAGAAGAAAGGGAACGGCAAACUUAGCAACAAGGACAAGAAGAAGUUAGACGCAAAGUCGGUUCGGACUGAAGGCAUGUGGAAGAAGGGUUCUGCCGAGAGAGCGGGCAAGGGUGCCGUUCUAAAUUUCAAGAACGACAAGAAGAAAAAGUCCAAGAAUAGCGGGAGGCCACGCCGAUAUUGGCAAUCCUCCAAAGUGGCUCCUCCUCGUCGAUUUCUACCACCGCGACCUCAUCCCCAUCAUAAGCGAUCACUCCUACAGUACCUAUUUCCACAUAGUCUGCGCGAACGAUACCGCGAGCGCAUCCUUGGCUUCCACCUCGAUACGCUCCCCUACUACAAGCACCGCGUUCAGAGUCGCAUAUACCGUUUUAUCCUUGACCGCCAGCGCCGUCGCCGUGAACAGUCGCGUCUCGUCGACCACGUGCGACGGCUGAUUCUCGGUCUACCAGCACCCAGUAAUAAACCUGCGAAGGAUGGGUCUAGAGCUACGCCGGGUAAGAUGAGUUACAUGCCUGAAAAUGGCGUGGGCAGCGGGAAUUAUGGCGCCGAGGGCGGACGCGAAAGGGGUGCGAGGAGGAAGAAGCUCGCGGCAAUGGCGGGCAGCAUGUACAGAGCCACUACAACUGCCGUGAAUGAGAUUAGGGAGUCAUAUAAUCAGACAAGAUCAAGGGAGUUCGAUACCUCCAAUAUCACAAUACCUGGAUCUUUCCCAGACGUGGCUUUCGUAACAAAAGGAAACGAACAGAUGGUUCUAUUUCCGACAUAUGCGAAGAGGCAUGCCAGGAACCAACCUAGACAAUUUGAAAAUCCGGGAGGGCCGCCGCCUACUUCGACUGUAGCCAUGAACGAACAGGAAUACUGGAGGAACGAGUGGUCAAGACACGAAGAUGAGAAAGCAAUCGUAGAUGUGGAUGUCCGAGGCUGGAUAUACAACCCUCACAGAGGCCCAAUGACACGGACUAACAGAUUAUGGAUCGGGCUGGCAAGACAAUUGAGCGGUAUACCGGUUCCGAGGGCGCAGCAGCCUGACUCGUCACCUACUCCGGAACCUUCUUUGGGGAGGAUGCACCAAAAGCACGAGGAAGAACGCGAGCACGAGAGCAUCGCGCGAGAAGCGAGGGAAAUUGAGCGUAGAGGAAAAGCCGAAGAAGAGGUUGCGCAGAGAGGAAAGUAUAGUGAACGCCCGAGAGACGAGAGCUCUGAUAUCGAAGGAAGCACACGGCGCCUACGUCAACAUUCGCAAAGUGGCAGCCGAUCGCCUCCAUCAGCACCAACAUCUCCCAUUCUUAGAGGGCGUACAAACACGGCGGGAGGAUCUGAGCUUACAGAAGCCGAACUCGCAAUUGCAAACGCGAAUCUAAUGGCCCGCAUCGCGCCAUUCUUGACAACACCUAUAGUUCAACUACCCAUUACGUUAUUCUUCUACAAUGGGUCGCAAGCCCAAUCGCGUACUGUAACGACUAAUGACGCCGGACAUUUCUCAACCAGGGUGCCUCUCGACUUCGUGCCAACGCACGUGCGCGUGUUCGUGAACGAAGAUAUCUCUUGCGAAGAACCCGUGCAGAUCAUCGAGCCGAAGGGAGUCAGUCUAAUCAGUGAUAUCGAUGACACAGUCAAACGGUCAAACAUCGCCCUGGGCACUAAGGAGGUCUUCCGGAACACGUUUGCGUGUGAGUUGCGUGAUUUAACUAUCGACGGCGUUCGGGAUUGGUAUGGUGCACUACACGACCUCGGCGUACGCAUCCAUUAUUGUUCAAAUAGCCCGUGGCAGCUGUACCCGGUUCUAGCCACAUUCUUCAAGCUGGCGGGCCUUCCGCCUGGGUCACUACAUCUCAAACAAUAUACCGGCGUGCUCCAGGGAAUCUUCGAGCCCGUAGCCGAGCGCAAGAAGGGCACGUUAGAAAGAAUCAUGAGGGAUUUUCCGGAGCGAAAAUUUCUGCUGGUCGGCGAUAGUGGUGAAGCGGACCUCGAAGUAUACACGGAGCUAGCAGUGGCAAAUCCGGGGAGGAUCGCUGCGAUUUUCAUCCGCGAUGUUACGACACCCGAGCAGACAGGGUAUUUUGACUCCGGGUUUAAUCAGAGGUUUUCCGAGAUGAGUCUUAGUAAAGGCGAUGAUUCGCUCGGAAGACCUCCGUUACCUCCUCGAAUGGCAACUACGCCCAAACCUGUUAACGAACCGGCCACCGGUGACCUAAUUGACCUCUCGGAAGAUGCACCACUAGAACCGCUUCGCAAAGUCAAUUCGGACUCAAAAGUAGUGGCCAAGCCCGUGAAACCUACAGAUCUCCUAGCGCGCAAGCCACCACCACCACCCAAACCAGUAAAGCCGAGCUCACUGCAGAGCACCUCAGCCUCUCCUGUGCUUACAAAUGGUAACAACGGGGACGCGCUCAACAAAAAGCCUCCGCCACCGGCACCGCGGAAGACUAGCCAGCCGACUACCAGCAACAAAUCGAUAACACCGAGCCCGCUCGCGCAAAUGCAAAGCUUGGUCGAUCAGACUAGCGCGGGCGCGAACGAGCGAACGGCCUUGGCAAAAACCCGGAGCAACGGCCAAACCACCACCAACCCGAGCUCGAACUCGUCGAAAAACGUCCUACUCCCUCCCCCACCACCGCCACCGCCAAGGCGCAAAGCUACGUCGUCGGGCUCUACGACGGCGCGAUCGAGUCCUAGCCCGCGCCUCGCCGCGGCUAGUAACAGUUUCGGCCUGAACCGGCGCCGGACGGAGGGCUCGGAGGCGGAGUUCGAGCCGCUUUCUCUCGCCGCUAGCGGCGGCGGUGGUGGUGGUAAUUACGGCAGCUACGCGAGUAGCACCGGGAGCCUGACGCCACCGGCGGCGGCGGUGGCGAAUAAGAAGCUGGACUUGUGGCUCCGCCGGCUGCAGCGCGCGCAGGAGACGCUGGAUCGGCAGGGCGUCAAGCUGUAUACGUGGCGUCGCGGGGAGGAGGUGGUGGAUGAGGCGGUGGGGAUUGUGAGGAGUUGUUUGAGGGAGAUGGGUGUUCGGUGAGGCUUUGGUGAGGGCUUAUAUAUGUAUCUAGGACUGGGGUACGUGGGUACGUGGGUACGUUUAGGAGGCAUACGGGUGAUGGUCCGAUACAAAGGUUCGUUUGAAGUCAUUGCGUGCGUAUAUAACAUCGCGUGUUGGAAGUGGCUGUCAUAUAUAGAAUAAGGGGUUGCCACUCUAUCUUAGAAUACAUACCUAGGUACCUACCUACCUACUUAGGUUUCAUGAAUAUGUAAAUUAUCUUUAUAUUUUUAUGGUUUUGAAUUUGGGUGAAGAGUGAUGUUUAUCAGUGACAAGUUAAUAGGGGUAUAUGCAGGUGGUUAGGGGCUUUUAUCAAGUAUGGUGCGUUUUAUAUUGCGAAAUGUGAGGGACUAGUGCUACUAAUCAUGUUUGUAUAUAUAU